AUGAAGCAGAGAUUCUCGUCGCUAGACGUCAAGGUCAUCACCCAGGAGCUGGCUGCGGAGCUGGUCAGCCUCCGGGUGUCUAACAUUUACGACCUGUCUUCGCGCAUCUUUCUUUUCAAAUUUGCCAAACCAGACCACCGCCGUCAACUCAUCGUCGACUCUGGCUUCCGCACUCAUAUCACACAUUACUCCCGCACAGCAGCCACCACCCCCUCGCCCUUCGUAACACGACUGCGAAAGUUCCUCAAAUCACGUCGCGUUACAAGUGUCACUCAGAUUGGUACGGACCGAGUCAUUGACAUCUCCUUCAGCGAUGGCGCAUACCACAUGUUCUUCGAAUUCUUCGCGGGCGGCAACAUCAUCGUAACUGAUCGCGAGCACACCAUCAUCUCGCUAUUUCGACAGGUCAAUGCGACUGAGGGAGAAGAGGCAAAGCUUGGUAUCAAGUAUAAUGUCACCAAUAAGCAGAAUUAUGCUGGAGUUCCGGAGAUCACGUCGAGCCGGAUCACGGAGACGAUAGAGAAGGCGCAGGCUUUGUUUGCCCAAGAGGGCAAUGCACCCAAGAAGACAAAAAAGAAGAAUGCAGACAUGCUGCGCAAAUCUCUUUCCAACGGGUUCCCCGAGUUCCCACCGUUGCUGCUGGAUCAUGCCUUUGCGGUGGUGGGGCUUGAUGCUGCGACCCCGCUUGACCAGGCUCUAGCCAGUCCGGAUAUACUCCAGCAAGUGCGGGAGGUUCUGGAUGAAGCUGAGAGGGUCUCGAAGAGCUUUGAUAUUGGCGAGAGUCACGCAGGCUAUAUUAUUGCCAAGGAGGACGAGCGACUAUCGGCACAAACGGAUGGCGAAAAUGGAUCGAAGACCCCGGGUCUUUUGUAUGAAGACUUCCACCCGUUCAAGCCACAGCAAUUCGCAGAUAAGCCGGGAGUGAAGAUCUUGCAAUUCGAACGUUUCAAUGCGACUGUUGAUGAGUAUUUCUCGUCUCUGGAAUCGCAGCGACUCGAAUCCCGACUCACUGAGCGAGAGCAGACGGCCAAGCGGAAGCUGGAUGCCGUACGAGAUGAGCAUCGAAAGCGUAUCGAUGCUUUGAAGGAUGCGCAGGAGCUCCAUAUCCGCAAGGCUGCUGCCAUUGAAGACAACGUGUAUCGCGUCCAAGAAGCAAUGGACGCUGUAAAUGGCUUGGUGGCCCAGGGAAUGGAUUGGGGUGAGAUUGCGCGGCUAAUUGAGAUGGAACAAGGCCGAGGAAACCCUGUUGCUAAGACUAUUAAGUUACCUCUCAAGCUGUACGAGAACACCGUCACUUUAUUGUUGGGCGAAGGUGACGAAGAAGAGGAAGAAGAGGAUCCUGAAUCGAGCAACGAUUCUGAUUCUGAAUCGGAUGCCGAAGAACGAGAGAACCAAAAGCGGAAGGAUGUUGCUUCGAAAAUGCUGUCGAUCGAUAUUGAUCUAGGUCUUACCCCUUGGGCAAAUGCUUCGCAAUACUAUGAUCAGAAGAAGCAAGCAUCGGAGAAGCAACAGAGAACCGUCCAGUCUUCUACCAAAGCCCUCAAGAGUCACGAGAAGAAAGUGACAGCCGACCUCAAGAAGAAUCUGAAGCAGGAGAAGCAGGUUCUGCGACAGGCUCGAGAGCCAUUCUGGUUCGAGAAGUUUGUUUUCUUCAUUUCUUCCGAAGGCUACCUCGUUCUUGGCGCCCGGGAUAUUAUGCAGAGUGAAUUGCUUUACCGGCGGUAUUUGAGCAAGGGCGAUAUCUUCAUCCACGCCGACUUGGAUGGCGCAUUACCAUUCGUGGUUAAGAACCGCCUCGGAAAUCCAAAUGCUCCUAUUCCUCCAAGUACACUUUCCCAAGCAGGCAAUCUUUGCGUUGCAACUUCGUCAUCAUGGGAAUCCAAGGCUAUCAUGUCUGCGUAUUGGGCGCACGCGAGCCAGGUUUCGAAGAUGUCUCAGUCCGGUGCUGGAAUGUUGGCUACGGGUGUUUUCGACAUCAAGGGUGAGAAGAACUUCUUGGCACCAUCACAGCUGGUGCUUGGGUUUGCCAUCUUGUUCCAGAUAAGCAAAGAGAGUCUGAAAAACCACAAGAUAAAUUUUGAGGCGACCGAGAUUCAGACCACAGAGCCUCAAGAAUCGGAAGAUCAGCCCUCUAACACCCCAGAGUCUCCCGAGAAGGACGAUCAAACGGAGACUGUGGAUGAUGCAGAGAAAGAAGAAAACGUGUCAGACGAAGAGGAAGAUGACAACGAUGCCAAUGGAGCCACCAGAAACCCUCUCCAACGAGGUGACUCUGAACUUUCUGUCGCCAAAGCAGAAGAACCUGCCGAACCCGAGAGUGAGUCGGACUCUGAAGAUGAGAGUACAAAGGAUGAGGAGCCAGAGUCUGAGGUCAAGACCGAGGUUGACCAGGAUCAAAUUGCCGAGGAAGCAGAAGAGUUAGAAGAACCAGAAGAACAGACCGCCUCUAACGCCCACGAGGAGGCUCCUGCAGAGGAAGACGAGAAGCUUACAAUCCGUGAGCGACGUACCUUGCGACAGGGCAAGCCCAUCGAUCGACCAGGCCAAGCUGAACCCGCGCCAACCCGGAUUGCGCCAACUCGUGGAAAGCGAGCAAAGGAGAAGCGAGCAGCAGCGAAAUAUGCCCACCAAGAUGAUGAUGAACGUGAACUCGCUCUCCGUCUUCUCGGUGCCGGAAAGGGCAAAACUGCUAAGGCAGCCCAAGCGGCAGAAGCCAAAGCCCAGCGCGAACGGGAAUCCGAAGCACACUUACAGCGAAGACGCGCACAGCACGAACGAGCCGCCGCCGCCGAGCAAAAGCGACAAGCCCAGUUCACCGAGGGUGGCGAUGAUUACAAUGAAGACACUGCUGCUGCUGAGGCGGCGGAUCUGAGCUGGAUCCCAGCCCUAGUCGGCACCCCAACUCCACAUGAUGAGAUUCUGGCUGCUAUCCCGGUUUGCGCACCCUGGAGCGCUCUAGGAAAGCACAAAUACAAGAUCAAGCUGCAGCCUGGUUCUGUAAAAAAGGGCAAGGCUGUCAAGGAGAUCAUCGGUCGCUGGAUCUCUGAAACUACUACGGGCAAAGUUAAGAAGGAUCAUGCCGAGGAUGUGGGGAUUCCUCGUGUUGAUGCAGAGCGCCUUCGCUCGCGAGAGGGAGAAUUGAUUAAGGGGUGGAAGGAUACUGAGGUCAUUAACACCAUGCCUGUGGGCAAGGUGCGCAUCAUGACUGCUGGCAGUGCUGGUGCUGGCGGUGGUGAUAAGGGUAAGGGCAAAGGAGGUGGUGGUAAAGGUGGUGGAAAGGGCGGCAAAGGUGGGAAGAAGAAAUAA